AGCUUAAUUAAAACAGUCUAGUUAAUUCAAACAUUAACAAAGAAAAUGUCAAGAGCAGCAAUCAUAUCCAUUGCCAUUCUCCUAAUUACAAGGUCUGGAGCUCUGGCUUCAAUAUCAUGCGCCACAGUUAUUGAGGAGGUAGCACCUUGCACUAGCUUCCUGCAAGGAGGCUCAAAGCAGCCCUCGGUGGCGUGUUGCAAUGGAAUCAAGAAACUAAGUGGUGAGGCUGGGACCCACCAAAACCGAACAGCUAUAUGCCAGUGCCUCAAGGAAGGACUGGCCUCCAUUGGAAAUUAUGAUCCUAAACGUGUACCUCAAGUUCCCAAAGAUUGUGGACUGUCUGCUACACUUCCUCCUAUUGACAAGAAUACUGAUUGCUCUAAUAUAAGCUUUAUGAUGUGAAUGUUCAGUGGUGGGGUACUGCAACUGGAAACGUUACCAGGAAAUGUAACAAAGGAAUUAUAAAAAUAAAUUGCCUACCAUGGUUGUACUAUCGGCCAUGAAUAAAUAAAAAUAUCUUUUAUAUGAA